AUGGUACAGGUAACUUGGAGAAUCGGCAUACCGAUUGAAUUACGUGAUCAAAGCAUCACCAUAGGGACUGUCGUAAAAGCUUUUUAUUUAUUACCAACGAACAGCACUGACUACACACAACCCUCGAUCGAUUAUGUCAGAAAAAAGCGUUCUUCUACAAGAUGGGUUACUUAUAAACUCAUCGAGAAUUUUUUGCAAAGAAGUGGUUAUGGUGAUGGAAAAGCUUGUCUUCUGAGAAGCAUUUGCGAGGUAGCCGCACAGCCUUUCGAAAGGAAAACGGGAAUUUUAGCCGAAAUAAUCCACGCAGUUCUGACACCGUCGUCGACUCGUGAACCUCUCGACAAUCAUUCGAACUGCGAGUAUCACGCAGCUGAAAAAUUUGGAAGAGAAGUCGACAAUUGCGCCGUUUUGUUUCCGGAAUGUCCUCUCAAUUUUUUCCAGCAGUUUACGAGAAUGUUAGAGUAAAACAUACAUAAUAGA